AUGUUAAAGUUGUUGAUUGUCCUCACAUGUUCCAUACAGUUUUCUUGGGGAUAUCAAAACUUCGGCCCUGAAAACUUUGCCGAGAUAUCGAUAAGUUACUUCAAAGCACGAAAUGUUAAGUCGGUUACCGCGAUAGGAUGUUUCAACGCCAGCGAUCAUUUCGAGGUGAUGAAAAGCUUUAUGGAGAAUGAUUUCUACAUACAGUUGUUGCCAUCGUUUGGCAGUUAUUUCAAUGUUUCGGGAAUGAAAAAUAGUGGCGUCGUUAUUGAUGCCAGAUGUGAGGAGUUGCUAAGCUCUCUCAUUUUCCAUGAAAAUAUAAAUGCCUUCAUGUUAACUCAUGUUUACUGGCUGUUUCUGGAUGAAUCUUCGACGAGCCCGUUGACAGAAGCUAACGGUGAGCCUACGGAUUUAUCUCAGGUGCAGGAAAAGUUUGACUUUCUUUUCCGCAAUGUCGAUGUACUACCUACGACACAUGUCGUUGUUGGAGUCUUCACAGACGAUUGGAAUCUGUUUGAUUCCUACAAACCAUGCUGGCCGCAGAAGGUGAAAUUUGUCGAAAUCUCUUGCGCCAAUGAAAGUCUUAGCUUGGUGGAAAAUAUACGGCAAGGAUUAUGGAAUGUAGAAUCGAAGCCCAAAGAGAGAAGAAACUUACAUCACUGUUUUAUAUCCUCGGGAACUGCGAUAACUGUGCCAGAGCAUUACAAAGGGAUGGACGAUCACACAGACACAAUUCACGAUUUGUUUGCCAAGGCCAAUUUUCCUUUCAUCAGGGCUCUGAUGUAUGAUCUCAACUUUACCCUUAAUUUGCGGCAAGUGGACAAGGGUGGUUGGAAAACGAACGGAACUUUCAGUGGUCUGAUGGGAGAGUUUCAAAGAAGAACCAUUGAACUGGGAGGAAUGGGAAUGUUAAUGAGAUCGGAACGCAUGGAAGUGGUUGACUAUACAAUAGUGACCUUAGUCAUCAAGACAAGUUUUGUCUUCAAGCAACCUCCACUAUCCUUGGUCUCGAAUAUAUUUGAGCUCCCUUUUAGCAUCGGAGUUUGGGUAAGCUGCGUGGGUUUUGUGAUGAUCUACUGGGUUGGACUCAUGCUUUUCAGGGCCAUAACUAAAACGGAGCGUUUUACCCCGUUGGAUUCGCUCAUGUAUAUCGUAGGUACUCUGUGUCAACAGAAUCUUGAGCUAUUUCCUAAGUACGAAGGCGCCAAAAUACUCUUGUUCUGGGUACAGUUGGCCAAUUUCUUCAUUUUCACCUCCUACUCGGCUAGUAUAGUUGCAUUGCUUCAGAGUCCCAGUAGAUCGAUCACGUCAAUGGCAGAUCUCGCAUCUUCUCCACUGAAGGCAGGAGCGCAGGAUGUGGUCUAUGCUUGGGUGUACUUGAAUGAGAGUAAAGAUCCCGCAGUUCAGUCGUUGUUUCGUAAGAAGAUCAAACCCUUCGGCACCAAGGCCUUUACCGAGGCCGAAGUUGGAAUGAAGCGUGUGAAAGAUGAACUGUAUGCUUACCAGGCCGAGGUUAAUGCAGCUUAUCGACUGAUUAUGGAAACGUUCACCCCGGAUGACACCUGCAAGGUAUACGAGCUGGAUGCCAUCAAGCUGCCUCCCUUCAGCGUCCCGGUGGUCAAGGGAAGUAAAUAUCGGGAACUGUUUAAGCAGCGUCUCAUUUGGCAACGAGAAGUGGGAAUUAUUCGACGUUUCAACCUGAUCUGGAUAGCGCAGAAACCAACCUGUGAAGAGGGAGCUGCCGAAUUUACUUCAGUGGGGCUAAAAGAGCUGCGCCAUUCCUACUACGUGAUGCUGGUAGGGUUCGGUAUAGCUUUCAUAAUUCUGGCCUUCGAAUUCGGAUGGAAGAAGAAGAAAAAUAGAACACAAGUGGGUACGGCUUGGGUGAACACACGGAGCACUAAACAGAAGAAAAAUUUGAAGAUCUGUUGAACUGAAAACGAUUAACAAAUGAAAGUUUACCCCACAAAUCCUCCCUGUAAACACUAGAAAAACUUAAUGAUAUAUACUCAAAAUCGCUUCUCACAUGCACGAAAC